AUGGCAAUGGCAGCAGUAGCAGUAGUGACAGAAGCGGUACCAUUAAUAGCAGUUGCUACAGCAGAAGCAGCAGUAGCAGUACCAGCUAGCAGUAGCAAAACAACCAGUAGCAGCAAAAGAAAUGCUAGUGGAAGUAGUACUAUAGAAAAAUCAUUACCAGUAGUAGCAGUACCAACUGUAGCAGUGCCAGCAAUAAUAGAAGUAUCAGCAGAAGCAAAAGCAGCAGUAGCAGCGAAAGGAGAACAAGCAGAAAGAGAGGCAGCAGUUGCAGCAAAGGCAAUACCAGUAGUAGCAUUAGCGGCGGGAUCAGUGCCAGCAAAAGCAGUAGUAACAGUAGGAGCAGCAGCAAAUGCAAUAUCAGCAGUAGCAGUACCAGCAAUAGGGGUACAAUCAGUAGUAGUAGCAGCAGACGAAGUACUAGCAGUAGCAGUGAGUAGCAGCAGUAUAAGCAGUAGAAGUACAAAUAGAAGCAAAAGCAGCAGAAGCAUAACAGUACCAGCAAUAAUAGAAGUAUCAGCAGAAGCAAAAGCAGCAGUAGCAGCAAAAGGGGAACAAGCAGAAGGAGAAGCAGCAGUUGCAGCAAAGGCAAUACCAGCAGUAGCAUUAGCGGCGGGAUCAGUACAAGCAAUAGCAGUAGUAACAGCAGAAGCAGCAGCAAAUGCAAUAUCAGCAAAAGCAGUACUAGCAAUAGGGGUACAAUCCAGUAGAAGCAGUACCAUCAGAACCAGCAGCAUAAACAGUACAAGCAGUAGCAGUAGCAGUAACAGCAGAAGCAGUACCAAAGUAUUAGCAGUAGUAGCAGUACCAACAGUAGCAGUACCAGCAAUAAUAGAAGUAUCUGCAAAAGCAAAAGCAGCAGUAGCAGCAAAAGGAGAACAAGCAGAAGGAGAAGCAGCAGUUGCAGCAAAGGCAAUACCUGUAGUAGCAUUAGCGGCGGGAUCAGUACAAGCAAUAGUAGUAGUAACAGCAGAAGAAGCAGCAAAUGCAAUAUCAGCAAUAGCAGUACCAUCAAUAGGGGUACAAUCAGUACUAGUAGUAGCAGACGAAGUACUAGCAGUAGCAGUAGCACAAUUAGCUAAAGAAGUAUUAGCAGUAGUAGCAGUACCAACAGUAACAGUACCAGCAAUAAUAGAAGUAUCAGCAGAAGCAAAAGCAGCAGUAGCAGCAAAAGGAGAACAAGCAGAAGGAGAAGCAGCAGUUGCAGCAAAGGCAAUACCAGUAAUAGCAUUAGCGGCGGGAUCAGUACCAGCAAUAGCAGUAGUAACAGCAGAAGCAGCAGCAAAUGCAAUAUCAGCAAUAGCAGUACCAUCAAUAGGGGUACAAUCAGUACUAGUAGUAGCAGACGAAGUACUAGCAGUAGCAGUAGCAGUGAGUAGCAGCAGUAUAAGAAGUAGAAGUACAAAAAGAAGCAAAAGCAGCAGAAGCAAAGUAUUAGCAGUAGUAGCAGUACCAACAGUAGCAGUACCAGCAAUAAUAGAAGUAUCUGCAAAAGCAAAAGCAGCAGUAGCAGCAAAAGGAGAACAAGCAGAAGGAGAAGCAGCAGUUGCAGCAAAGGCAAUACCAGUAGUAGCAUUAGCGGCGGGAUCAGUACCAGCAAUAGCAGUAGUAACAGCAGAAGCAGCAGCAAAUGCAAUAUCAGCAAUAGCAGUACCAGCAAUACGG